AUGACUAUCACGAUCACCGUUGAGAAGGAUGGAUACUACGAGGUCAAUGGGGCCCGGCAAGAGCCUACUGUAUCUCUUUAUGUGAUUCCUGCAGCUUCCAAGUUGCGUCGGAUGCUCAAAGACACCAAAGACCUCAUCGUGUGUCCUGGGGUGUAUGAUGGUCUCUCCGCUCGCAUCGCAAUGGAAGUUGGCUUCAAGGGACUUUAUAUGACUGGUGCAGGAACCACCGCUUCACGCCUGGGAAUGGCGGAUCUCGCUCUAGCGCAACUCCACGACAUGAAGACCAACGCUGAGAUGAUCGCAAACUUGGAUCCCUUUGGUCCCCCGUUGAUUGCAGACAUGGACACCGGCUAUGGAGGUCCCUUGAUGGUAUCAAAGGCUGUUCAGCAGUACAUUCAGGCUGGUGUGGCUGGUUUCCAUAUUGAAGAUCAGAUCCAGAACAAACGUUGUGGGCAUCUUGCAGGCAAGAAAGUCGUUGGCCUGGAAGAGUACCUCACACGUAUUCGUGCCGCCAAGUUGACCAAGGAUCGUUUGCACUCGGACAUCGUUCUAAUUGCACGAACCGAUGCACUUCAACAGCAUGGUUAUGAAGAGUGUAUCCGCCGGCUGAAAGCUGCAAGGGAAAUUGGAGCGGACGUCGGACUGCUUGAAGGUUUUACCUCGAAAGAGCAAGCUCAACAAGCUGUGCAGGACCUGGCUCCCUGGCCUCUUCUUCUCAAUAUGGUGGAGAAUGGAGCCAGUCCCCUGAUCACUACGAAAGAAGCUGAAGAGAUGGGCUUCAGAAUCAUGAUCUUUUCUUUUGCCACGAUCACCCCAGCUUAUCAAGGUAUCAAGGCCACUCUACAACGGCUUAAGACGGAAGGAGUUGUCGGCACACCGGAGGGGCUAGGGCCAAAGACAAUCUUUGAUGUCUGCGGGUUGAUGGAUGCCAUGAAGAUUGACACAGAAUCCGGAGGUAAUGGCUUUAUUGAUGGUGUCUAA